CCCAAUAAACGGGUUCAGAACACAAUAUCUUUGCUACAGGCGGGAUUCGCUGGGAGCUUAGUCCGCUCUAGGUCCUCAUGGCUCCCUCGGUGCUGUUUAAGGUCCUGAUCCCAGAAGUACUGAGGGCGGGAUGCACGAGAGCAUGGUACCGGGGUAUCCACCGGGGCAGCUGCCUGUUCUCAGAUGUCCCACCACCUAAACCUGUAGCUUCCACCAGUUACAUCUAUGGAGCGUGCAACUUGCCUCUUACUAACAAGAAAAUGCAGCAGUGCCUGGCAGAGACCACUAAUCGGGUUCCAGACCAAGAGGCAGUCAUUUUCUCGCACAGCAAUAUACGCAAGACCUUCAGCCAGCUCAGCAAAGAUGUUGAGGCGUUGGCGGCAGGACUUCUAGCUCUUGGUCUGAAGAAAGGAGACCGUCUAGGAAUGUGGGGACCCAGCAGCUAUGAGUGGGUCAUUACCCAGUUUGCUACAGCACAGGCUGGAAUCAUCUUGGUUUCUAUAAAUCCAGCGUAUCAGCCCAAGGAGUUGGAGUAUGUGCUUAAAAAGGUUGGCUGUUCUGCUCUCAUUUUCCCCUCACAAUUUAAAACUCAGAAAUACUAUGAAUUUCUUGGGCAGAUUUGUCCUGAGUUGGAAAACUCACAAGCUGGAGAAAUAAAGAGCAAGAAUCUUCCUCAUCUCCACACUGUGAUAGUUUUAGAUGAGAAGUUCCCCGGCUGCUUCCUGUUUCAGGAUGUAAUGGAGGCAGGGAGCUCCAAUUUCAAGCAACAACUCCAUGAUUUGCAAAAAACUUUGUCAUGUGAUGAUCCAAUCAACAUCCAGUUCACCUCUGGAACAACUGGUAAUCCCAAAGGAGCCACUCUGAGUCAUCAUAAUAUUGUAAACAAUGCAACGCUGUCAGGGUUAAGGAUGGGAUUCAAUUGGAAACAGGGGGUCCGUAUUGCCCUUCCCGUUCCGUUAUAUCACUGUCUGGGCUCAGUUGUAGGAACUCUGGCAAUGAGCAUUUUUGGAACCACAAUAGUCUUCCCAUCUCCAAGUUUUGAAGUACAAUCUCUUCUUAAAGCUAUAUAUAAGGAGAAGUGUAACUAUCUGUACGGAACUCCUACUAUGUUUAUAGAUCUGUUAGCGCAGCCAGAGUUUGAAUCUCACUCAUCCUCUCUAACUUCUGGAGUCGUUGCUGGAUCCAUUGCACCUCCUGAGAUCAUGAAGAAGAUUUUGAAUGGAACAAACAUGAAGAAUAUUGUGAUAGGAUACGGAACCACAGAGAACAGCCCGGUGACCUUUUUAGGCUUCCCUAAUGAUGAGCUGGUCCGUAAGACGGAGACUGUUGGGUACGUUAUGGCCCAUACUGAGGCCAAGGUGGUUGAUACUAACACAGGUCACACCGUUCCACUCAACACCCCAGGGGAAUUGCUUAUCCGAGGGUACUGUAUAAUGUUAGGCUACUGGGACGACCUAGAAAAAACAAAGGAAACAAUUACCCCUGAGAACUGGUAUAAAACAGGAGACAUUGCGACCCUGGAUGAAUAUGGAUACUGUCGGAUUGUUGGUCGCUGUAAAGACAUGAUUAUCCGAGGUGGCGAAAAUAUUUACCCAGCUGAAAUAGAGCAGUUUUUGCACACACAUCCUAAAAUAUUGGAGGCUCAGGUCAUUGGGGUGAAAGAUGAGCGGAUGGGAGAAGAAAUUUGCGCAUGUAUCAGAGUCCAAGAAAAUGAGGAAUGCUCAGCAGAGGAAAUUAAGAAAUACUGCAAGGGAAAGAUCUCCCAUUUUAAGAUCCCGCGUUACAUUGUCUUUAUGAAUGAGUAUCCGCUCACAGUUUCUGGAAAGAUCCAGAAGUUCAAAUUGAAAGAACAAAUGGAGAAACAGCUCAGUCUGUGAAGAAAAUACUGACCCAGUUUCCUGUGAUUCCUCACCAUCUCCUGUGGCUCCUCCCCACCAAUUAGACAUCUCUUCUUUUAAACGAUUUUAUUGGCUUAAUAUAUAGACACUGUGAAUAUCACCUGCCUUUUAUUUGUAUCAUUUAUAAUUUGGAUAUAAUCCCAUUUUUUUUAAAACAUUUUUUAUUAUUAUUACAUCACUUGAAGCAAACACAUCAAUUCUCUGAUGAUAUUAGCACAGCUCUGAUAUGGUUGCCACUUCAGUCAUGUUUUCCUCGGCACUUAUGAGUAACACAUGCUGCAGGGGAUGCCAAGGGGAACAUGAAUUGCACCCCUGGGUAGCACACAAAUAGUGAUCCUGGACAGCACUAUUCAUGUUCCCCUCUGCACAUCCUGCAGCAUGUGUAACUCAUAAGUGUCCAAGAAAACUUGGCGGAAGUAGCAACCCUAGAAAUGGGACACGGACCAGCGCUGUGUUACAUCUAAUUAUGUGGCUAAAGCACAAGGACAAAACGAACUUGGUGUCAUAAGUGAGUUUUAAAGGGAUACAGAAUUGCAAGUGUUUCUAGCAAGCACUUAAAAGAACAUAUUUUAAAGGGACACUGAACAUAAAUUUUUUCUUUCGUGAUUCAGAUAGAACAUGCAAUUUUAAACAACUUUCUAAUUUACUCCUAUUAUCAAAUUUUCUUCGUUCUCUUGCUUUCUUUAUUUGAAAAAUAAGGCAUCUAAGCUGCUAUUUUGGUUCAGUCCCAUGGAAAGCACUUGUUUAUUGGUAGGUGAAUUUAAUCACCAAUCAUCAAGAACAACUCAGUGUGUUCACCAAAAAUGGGCCGGCAUCUAAACUUACAUUCUUGCAUUUCAAAUAAAGAUACCAAGAGAAUGAAAAGAAUUUGGUAAUAGGAGUAAAUUAGAAAGUUGCCUAAAAUUGCAUGCUCUAUCUGAAUCACGAUAGAAAAAAAUUGGGUUCAGUGUCCCUUUAAGUAGCACAUUUUUGUAUAAAAGUAUGUGAAAUUUUAAACUUACGUUUAGUGGAAACCAAGCUAAAAAAAAUACAGGUACCUCAUAAUGCUGGUAUUCUUGCCAAGUUUUAUAGGGAAAUAAAUUUAAAAUGUAUCUUUGUAUCUUUCAUGAUUCAGAUAGAGAAUACAAUUUUAAGAAAGUUUCCAAUUUACAUGUCUGAAGCUGAAUAUGAGAGUGGUUUUGCAAGAAUGCUUUUGAGCACUAGAUGGCGGCAGUGUGCACAAAAUCAUGGUCCAUACAUUUUGAGUUUCAUGAGCUUUUUAAGGCAGCCCAAUUCAUUGUACGUGUUGCAGACGAUAAAGCUAAAGACUCCAGAUUUGUUUUCUAAUUCCUCAUUGUUCAUAGAAAUCAUUGAUUUAUUUUUUUAUCUUUAUGCACUUUAUAAUUCUAGAAAAUGUUAUAUCCUUGUAAAUGACUGAGCCAAUACAUUCACUUUUUUAAGCUAAAUAUGAAAUGUAAUAAACUCAUUGUGCCUAAUAUAGCACCUAUCAAGUGCCAGAAGAUUAGCCAGUUAUAUGCCAGUUUUCAACAUUUUUCACCACUCUUCCCGGGACAGUUGUGUUAUCCCUGACCUUUCCAGGGCAACUAGAUGAGAACUGCCAGAUGAUUUUGUCUUUCUUUCAAGAACAACUUGGGUAUCUUUAAGCAGUCAUGUUUCUUCCCUGGUAAACUAGAUGAUCCCUGACCUGUCUUCUGCCUCUUCGUAGGGUAACUAAAUGUUCAUUGACUUGUUGUUUGCCUCUUCUGCAGGGAACUAGAUGACCCCUGACCAGUUCUUUGCCUCUUCACAAGGAAACUAGAUGACCCCUGAUCUGUACUUUGCCUCUUCUUAGGGUUACUAAAUGGUCAUUGACCUGUUUGCCUCUUUUCAAGGAAACGAGAUGACCCUUGAGCGUUCCUGUGGCUCACUUCCCAGGGCAACUAGAUGAACCGUAACCUGCAUUGCACCUCUGUUCCAAGGAAAACUAGAUAAUUCCUUCUUUGUCCUUUGCUUGUCUCCUCAGGGCAAGUUGCUGAUUAAACUUAUGCUCUGCCUUUCUUCCUAGGCCAAUUUGAAAAUCCAUGAUCCCUCCUUUUUCUCCACUUUCCAGGGUAAUAGAUGAUCCAUUUUGUCCUUUGCCUCUUUUCUCAGGGCAACUAGAUUAUCCCUGACCUUUGCUUCUCUUCCUAGGGAAACUGGAUUAUCAUUGACUUGUACUUUGAGUCGCUUUCCAGGAUAACUAAAUGAUCUCUGACCCAUCCUUUGCCUCUCUUCUCAGGGAAACUAGAUGAUCCCUGACUUGUUCUUUGUCUCUGUUCCCAGGGUAACUAGAUGAUCCCUGAUACGUCCUUUUGCAUCUCUUUCAGGGAAACUAGAUGAUCCCUCACUUGUUCUUUGUCACUAUUCCCAGGGCAAAUAGAUGACAACGCACAUCCAUCUUCAGCCUUCAUAAAGACAUUUUUACCCAUCAGAACCUCAGAGUAGUAACUGCUAUGGAUUCUUCAAAUAGUUUGUGCCCUUGUCAAGUUCUUUUUAUCUUGUUUAAAAAUGAAUCAAGCUUUUUUUCAAGACAUUUAGGGGUUGAUCACAGUCAAUGGUUUGAUAGUUGUCUGUAUGUUGAGAGGAACCCUUUUCAAUAAUGACAAUUUUUGUUGUUUACUAGAAAACUGUUUUUAUUUUAUUAUGAAAAACGGUCCAUGUGCCAGUCCAGUUUUCCUGAUUGCAAUCAAAAUCUCUAUAGUUAGUCACCUUUAUGGGGCAAUUUUUCACAGCUAAAAGGACUUGAUAAACCCUGGACAACAUUUUUCCGCUUACCGAGUCCCCCAAAAAGUUUUUGAAUGUAACAUUGUCACUACCCACUCCACAUUGGAUGACAUUGGGAAGCAACGUCCGUAAACCGAUACAAACACUACUUAAUAAAGUAAAGUUUAAAAAACAAACAAUUUUACACAAUAUUUAGGUAAAUCUACAACAUGCCUUCUAUACCUAUAAUGACCCUGGUUGUAGCCCUUUAAAAAGACAUACACACAUAUCUCUGGUUUUGGAGCACAAUAGGUUAAUUGCACACGUCACCUAUUAGCAUUAAUACACAAUAUUUAAAGGAACUAAUAUACAGGGAAUUUUAUGCCAUUGCUAAACCCACAAAAUUGUGUAAUCCAAACGCCAAAUGUGCAGGAUUACUGAUUAACAAUACAGGUAAUGAUUUAGUUUUGUGUUGAGGACGUAAAAAAUUCGGACCUUUAAAGGGAAACUCAAGUCAAAAUUAAACUUUCAUGAAUCAGACAGAGCAGCAAUUUUAAACAACUUUCAAAUUUACUUCCAUUAACAAAAUGUUUGCAGUCUUUUAAUAGUUACACUUUUUGAGUCACCAGCUGCUACUGAGCAUGUGCAAGAAUUCAUAGAAUACACGUAUAUGCAUUUGUGAUUGGCUGAUGGCUGUCACAUGUUAUAAGAGGAGUGGAAAUAGACAUAACUACUCAUUUAAAGUUCAGACUAAGGGGCCGAUUUUUCAUUGGUCAGUCCGACAUGAUCUGCUCAGCGAUGAAUGCCUACAGCAUACGCUGUCAGCAUUUAUCAUUGCACAAGCAGUUCUUGUGAGCUGCUUGUGCAAUGACGCCCCCUGCAGAUUCGCGGCUGCUAGCAGGGGGUGUCAAUCAGCACAAUCGUAUGAGAUCGGGCGGAUUUAAUGUCUGCAGCCUCAGAGGAGGCGGACCAGUUAAGGAGCAGUGAGUGGUCCUAAGACCGCUGCUUCAUAACUGCUGUUUCCGGCGUCCUGAAGGCUCGCGUGGAAUCAGGGGCCAUUCGGCCCUUGAUAAAUCGGCCCCUAGGUACUAUUGCAUUGUCUUUUUAUCAUGCAUUUGUUGACUAUGCAAAUCUACUGUAUUUACUGGUCCAUUAAAGGGACAUGAAACCAAACAUUUUUCGUUCAUGGUUCAGAUAGAGCAUAAACUCUUAACUUUCUAAUUUACUUAUAUUAACUAAUUUGCUUCCUUCCUUUGUAUCUUUUGUUGAAAGGGAUACCUUGAUAGGCUCAGAAGCACUAAGAGCUAGCUGCUGAUUAAUGGCUGCACAUAGAAACCACUUUUCAUUGGCUCACCAUAUGUGCUCAGCUAGCUCCCAGUAGUAUGUUGCUUAUCAUUUAACAAAGGAUACCAAGGGAAUGAAGCAAAUUUGAUAAUAGAAAUAAAGGCAAAAGUUGUUUAAAAUGUUAUGCUUUAUCUGGAUCAUGAAAUAAUAAUUUUGGGUUUCAUGUUCCUUUAAUGGAUAAAACAUUUUAGAGUUGUGAUCAAGAACACACUGACCAUACCGACCUGUAUCUCUUUAUCUAAUAAGAAGAAGUGCAAGAAUAUGAUCAACCCCUUAGCUUGACAAAAAAAAUAAAGCUGCUUUUGUCACGCCGUGCCGCUCUAGCCGUUGCUAGGGGCGCGGCGUCUCCUUCCCUGGUUGUUGCUAGGGGCUGUGUCGGGUCACCGCCGCACGCUCCUCUCAUUCCGGUCCUGACGCCUGGACGCGAAUCCUACGCUUAUUUAAAUGUUGUCUUAUCGAUAUAUCACUGCCUAAGUAUAGGUGUUACCUUGUGUGCUCCUGGGUGUGAUAGAUCGUUUAUUCUCUGAUUGCCUUUUUGUUGCUGAACUGUGCUUGCCUGACUACUUUCCCUGGUAACCCCUAAAUUGAUGGACUGAUAUACCGCUGCUGAACUCUGCUUGUCUGACCACUCUGCCUCUUUAACCCCUAUUGUCCUGGAUUGCCUCUCUGUUGCCAAACCCUGCCUGCCUGACCAUUCUAGUGGUUAGCCCUUGGACUGCUUUACUGUUGCCAAUCCCUGCCUGUCUGACCAUUCUAGUGGUUUGCCCAUGGACUGCUUUACUGUUGCCAAUCCCUACCUGCCUGACCAUUCUAGUGGUUUGCCAUUGGACUGCUUUACUGUUGCCAAACCCUGCUUGCCUGCCCAUUCUAGUGGUUUAUCCCUGGACUGCUUUACUGGUGCCGAACCCUGCCUGCCUGACCAUUCUAGUGGUUUGCCCUUGGAUUGCUUUACUAUUGCCAAGCCCUGCCUGCCUGACCAUUCUAGUGAUUUGCCUUGGACUGCUCUGCCUCUGCCGCUGGGGACUCUCCUGCCUGUGGUGAGUGCCAUCUUCCUAACUUUCUCUGCUCUGGUAUAUUCCCUAUCAUUCCAGCUCGACGCCGGGAUACCAAGACUACUGGCCGAGUUCAGUCUGAUAGAGGAUUAUCCCACGAGCUUUACAGUUUCCAUGUGAAUUACUCUGAACAAAUGUUGUAAUAACAAGAUUGAGCCACCUGUAUAUAUGCUCUUGCUAUAGAGCCUGUGGUUUAAAUGUAUCAUGGUCUGGUAAAUAAAGACAAAUGUAAUCUUGUCA